CUACUUGCCCAGGAGAUGCAAACGAAAUACCCCUGAGCUGAUAUAACACCACACAAGAGCAUUUGGAUAUUCUGUAUCUCAGGAUCUAAGUCGCCAGAUGUUAUCAAGCUUUUGGAAGUCCUGAGAUACUCGAAUGAUGAGAGUUUGGGAGAAUGGGAGCGAAUGAUGUUGAGUGAAGAGUGAAUUCAUCAAAAUUUGACAAACGUAUCACGUUGCCGCCUUGAGUUCGGCAAGUGCCACCUGAGCUUGCUAUAGUAUUCUAUUCGACCUUUACACCACGACAACCAUUCUCUACAAAUCGAGUUCAUGAUGUCGAAAACAGUCAUUAUCAACUCAUUAGGGCAAUUCGAAGGCCUCUUGAAAUCUUCAAGAAUAGUUGUCACGGACUUCCAUGCAGUAUGGUGUGGUCCAUGCAAGACUAUAGCUCCCAUAUUCGAACAACUGUCUCAACAGCUCUCUCGCCCAAACCUGAUCACAUUCGUCAAGGUCGAUGUUGAUCAACAGAAGGAGAUCGCAAGUAAAUAUGGCAUUACUGCUAUGCCAACGUUCAUGAUUUUCAAGCAAGGCAAGGUCGAAGAAAAGAUACAAGGCGCGGACCCACGAAAACUUCAGGCGGUCAUCAAGAAGCUUGCUGCAGAGGCAGAUGGCUCUAGUUCUUCGGGCUUCGGAGCGUCUGGUAGUGGAAGCAGCUGGCGCAAGGGCGAUCUACCCAGAGGUUAUGGCGAUAUUACGGAUCAGAUUGAAGUGAAGGGUCUGGAGCUUCUGAACGCCGACAGCGAGUUUGGGUCUGUUCGUGUCCUGAUCGAUGGCGCCAAACCUACUGGACUGAGCGGGGGCAAGGCUGCGGCUUCGAAGGAGAAGGAUUGGGUUGAGAGUGAUACGGAUGAGCAACUUAUGAUGUUCAUGCCUUUCCAGUCUACUCUCAAAGUCCAUACUAUCCAGAUCACUUCUCUGCCACCCAAAGCUGAAGAAGAUGACGAAGUUCCGAUGCGACCAAAGACCGUCCAGAUCUACCCCAACCGCGCACAUAUACUUGGUUUCGAGGAAGCAGAGGAUAUCCCCGCUACACAAUCAAUCACGCUGUCAGAGAAGGAUUGGGACGAGACUGGGACUGCAACUAUCCCACUACGCUUUGUGAAGUUCCAAAACGUCACAAGCUUGGUGUUUUUCAUUGUAGAUGGUGACGGAGAAGGAGAGAGGGUUCGUAUCGAUCGAAUCAGGAUUAUUGGUGAGACUGGCGAGAAGAGAGAAAUGGGGAAGCUGGAGAAGAUUGGUGAUGAGCCUGGAGAGUAGAGAGUAUGAUCGCGAGAGAUGAUGAAAGAUGAGCAUUAUGGGGUUCAUGCAGCAAAGAUACAUUGGUUGGCGUUUGCAGAGAUGAUAUUUUACACGGCCAGGAAAACCAGAGAAUUGCAUUGCUUUUAGAGCGUCUGUCUAUCGAAACAGUGACGUGAACCUAAACUUCCUUUGCGCAUGUUCGG